AUGAAGUUCCCUACUGCGAUUGUUCUUGCUGUCUCUCUGGCCGCGUUGGGUGUGUCCAGUGCUCCGAUUGACAAGCGUAGCAGCCAUUCGUCGAGCUUGUCGGCGGCUCCUAGCUCGCACCACCGCUCGUCGAACUCGGGCAAUGCUAUCCAUUACGGCACUGUGGGCUCGAAUGUGGCUGGUGACUCCAACCUCAGCAACAACCGUGAGGAUGCGCUGAACAGCGGUCAAAACAUUGACUACGCCAACGGCAACCAGCUUGACUCGGGAGACAACGGCGGUGCGAACAGCGUCGAGGUUCAGAAUGCUCAGGCGCUGAUGAGUGUCUUUUCGUCGCUGCAGGGCGGCAACAACGGUCAGUCGGCUACACGCUCGAGCAGCGGUGGCCGCCAGACGGCUGCUCACCGCCAGGCGAACAUGGCCGCGGCUACCAACAUCUACUCGGAUGUGCCCUCGCUGGGUCAGCUCCAGGACAAGCAGCGUGGCCAGAUGGUCUCGCAGCUUCGGGCGGAGACUGCUGGUAGCAACCUGAGCCCUGAGCAGGAGUCGGCUGUGCGCGCUCAGAUUAGCUCGCUUACUGCCUCGCAGUCAGCGACUAACUCGGGCUCGUCGUCGUCGCGCUCGCACAGCUCGCACCACACUGGCCACUCAUCGUCGUCGUCGCGUCACCACUCGCACCAUCAUUCGAGCUCGGACUCGGCCUCUUCGACCAGCUCGCGCAAGCAACACCACCAUUCGUCGUCGGGCAAGCACUCGUCUUCUGGCACUAGCGUGCCUUCGAGUGCUUCGUCGUCGUCGGCUUCUCCGUCGUCGUCAUCGUCGUCGAGCGUUUCAACCUCGUCCAUUUCCUGGUCGAGUGAUGGCUCUGCACCGACGACCUCGUCGGCUAUGUCGGCUUCGAGCGCUCCGGCGCCUGCGUCGAAUGCUAUGGCCGUGGCCAGCCCUGCGGCUGACCCAAUGGCUCCGUCGAGCGCUGCGCCUGUCGCCAAGCGCAGCGAAAUCUCGCACCCUACCUCCAAUGCGUUCGUUGCUGUCCAGUCGCUGGGCAAUGAGGAGAGCUCGCCGAGCACGACCGAGUCGGACAGCUCGGUGACCACUGAAUCGUCGUCGUCGCCGUCGUCGUCGUCGGCCAGCAAGACUGGCAGCGCUUCCUCCUCGUCGUCGUCGCCGUCGUCAUCGUCGGCUACCAAGACUGGCAGCGCUUCCUCGUCGUCGUCGUCGUCGCCAGCUACCAUGACUGGCAGCGCUUCCUCGUCGUCGUCGUCGUCGCCGGCUAGCAAGACUGGCAGCGCUUCCUCGUCGGCUCGUCGCUGCCGUAACCGCACUCGCACGCACACGUCGUCGCCGACCUCGAGCGCUUCGGCGAGCUCUGCUGCGGCUGUCAAGAACGCUACCCGCAGCAGCAGCAGUGAGGACUCGUCGUCGACCACCGAGCCCUCGAGCACUCGCAGCAGCACUCGCAGCAGCAGCAGCAGCUCGCACGAGCCUACCUCCACCGCUUCGUCGUCGUCGUCCUCGUCGGCGGAGCCUACCAGCAGCACGCACAGCCGUAGCAGCACUAGCAGUAGUGCUCGUGACCACUCGUCGUCUGACUCGUCGGAUGGUCCCUACGCUUCGCAUGCGACGGUCGUCUCUGAGGGUACGACUGUGGACUUGGACGCCAUGCGCACCCUGUCUUUCAACGGUGCGAACGUGGCCGAUGUCGUGUCGAACUUUAUUCCGUUCUAA